AUGAUGGAAUCUCGUAUUCGUCAUCGAGAUACCCCCUGUCAGCAACGAUCGUGCAGCCUAAUUGUCAACGAAUAUUCUUCAUACCACGCAAAUUCUUUGGAUCUCACUAACGGCAAUGAAGUGGCAACUGAGAGGAUAGCCACCGAAUCUGGAUAUGACAGCGGCAGUGGCCAGGACACGGAGCUGGCAAAUUCUGACGACUCCGUGUCAUCGAGCGCAAAUACCAUGCAGACCAGCAUCAGCAGCUCCCCUUGCAGCACUCCCAUCCAAAAGAUUAGAACGGAAGUAGUUCAUGGUGCUGCCCAAGAAGUAGCUCUCAGGAGAGCAUUGUAUUCAACAGCCUCAUUACCACAACCGGCACCUAAUGCUGAGUCGCCGGCGCCAGGUAACGCUGAUUCGGUCAACGAGACGGGACAAACGAUCCAACGAGACGCCGAUAUCUCGAUACAGGAUGCUGCCACGCCGAGGCUAGUGACCGUAGCCAAGGCCUGCGUCCGAUCUGACUUUGUGCAGUUUCUGGAGAUGAAUUUGUCUCGCUGGUGUCAGCACGGUUUGUGGGGGAGAGAACGGUCCUCGGGCCGUAUGGCACGCGUUGACAAGUACGAAAAGCUGCAAACGGCGUACUCGUAUAUUUGUCAGCUAGAUGCACGCAUGAAGGACGACGCAAUUCGCAGCCGAAUGGCCAUGGUUUUUCUCCACUUGGAGUUUGAGAAAACCUGCCGCGAAUGCAGGUCCAACCAUGCUGGCGAGGCAAAGACCAAGACAAUGACGGGGCGUGGGCGUGGAAAGAUUAGCUCCAUGAUUGAUGGAAUCCUUGAAAACACGCAUCCGGGUUGGCGUUUUGCCGACGCUCGGGGGAAGGUUGAGAUGCGAACCAACUUUCACAACCAAAAGCGGUACGGGAAGCGAUGGUGGACACUGGUGAAUACUCUUGGGUGUGGCAUCUUGCUUUUAUGCUCAUCAAGUCUUGUCGGCAUGAUCCGGAACACUACUGUUACUGCCACCACGCUUGUAGCAAUUGCUCGCGUCAUACAAGUCGUCCACUCGGACAUGAUGAGUAUUCUUAAUUUGGCUAACCCGAUAGCUGAGAAGCUCUUUCAGAAUCAUGGGUAUCAAGACUACGACACGAAGCAGCUUCUGGAGAAGCUUCGGGCUUUUGGCUCCAUCAGCGUUGGGCAGGCUAGGGCAAAUGGAGGCAAUGCGGGUGACGAGUGGCGACAGUAG